AUGUCAUACAAUCGCCUAGACCCCUUUAAUCAAAACCCAGAAGACGAAGAGUACGGCGAUCACCCCAUGGAUCCUCGCCAUGCUGGUCGGACGCCUUCUCCAGGACAGCCCCUCCAUGGCUAUCAGCUAGAAGACGGACCAUACAGACCGCAACAGACCCCAAUACAGAUGCAGAUGGGGCAGGGCGACAGGUUGGCGGCGCAGCCUACCUACUCUGUCCAGAACAUCGGGAACUCAUACAACCACAAUGAGCAGUAUGAAGCGCAGAAUCCAGUUUCAGCUCAUGACUAUGGUUAUGGGGGAAGCGAAUAUGCCAUCUCUCCAGAAGACCACCACGACCAGUACUUUACGGAGCCGUAUGAGCCCCACCCACAAGAUCAGGCACAAUACUACGAUGAUAAUGACCAUCAGCCCAUAUUGCAGCCCGAUAACCCAUACGGGCCAAACCCGCACUCCCCUGGACCUGGUCUAAAAAGCGCCUACGAUGGUGUUCAACCGGGCCCAGCUCCCACCCCCGCGCCAAUCAGACGAUGGAAGACUGUGAAGGAAGUUCAGCUCUUCAACGGGAAUCUUGUCCUCGAUUGUCCUAUACCACCCAAGCUGUUGAGCCAAAUCCCGCAUGCAGAGCCCCCCAGAAAGAGACGAGUUCACACACAUGCGAUACUCAGCAGCUACCUGUGA